UUAGACAAUACGAGAAGUCCAAUGACGAAGGUGGUGUACAACCUGCUGUCCAUGCAGGAGCUGAAGAGGAGGCUGAAGGAGUGCCAUCUCUCAAUGCAGGGUCCUCGAGACCAGCUGAUCAAAAGAUACCAGGAGUUUGUCCAGAUAUACAACGCCCAGUGUGAUUCACUAAACCCAAAACCAGCUGAAGAUAUUGCCAAAGAUGUGGAGUCCAACGAGAAGAUCAGGAAUCAACUGAAGGCUAAAACCAAACCUGUGUGUAGUAACUGUUUACUGGGUUUUGUGUGGGCUAGAAUUCCAUGUUGUUUUUCUUAAGAUAAUGUAUUAUGCCAC